CCAGAAGCGUUUGUCAACAGAGAUCCAGUGGACAGGUCUCGGGAUUUAAAAGCACGCCUCGUAAACGCGAACCUCAACCCGUUUCUGCUUCUCUUUAACUCGUUUGCUGUUCACACACAAAUAUUUGGUUCCUCAACCUGCUCCCUUGCUUCUUCAAACGAUGGAGUCCUGUCCUUCAAUAAAAAAUAUUCUCCUGUUGGAUUCUGAGGGGAAACGUGUGGCUGUCAAGUAUUACUCCGAUGAGUGGCCAACAAAUAGUGCAAAGGAAUCUUUUGAGAAAGCUGUAUUUAGCAAAACUCAAAAGAGUAAUGCUCGAACUGAAGCGGAGAUUGCGAUGUUUGAAAACAAUAUUGUUGUUUACAAAUUUGUGCAAGACCUACAUUUUUUUGUCACUGGUGGAGAAUAUGAAAACGAGCUUAUCUUGGCAACAGCUCUUCAGGGAUUCUUCGAUGCUGUUGGCCUUCUUCUUAGGGGCCACGUGGAAAAGAAGGAAGCACUUGAAAACUUGGAUCUUAUUUUAUUGUGCCUUGAUGAAAUUGUUGAUGGCGGUAUUGUUCUUGAGACCGAUGGAAAUGUCAUUGCUGGGAAGGUUGCAACUCAAAGUAUAGAUUCUUCAGCUCCUUUGUCUGAGCAGACAAUAAGUCAAGCACUGGCCACUGCACGUGAACAUCUGACGAGAUCUCUUCUUACAUGAUGUAUACACAUGCUAAUGGGAAGGAGCAUGGAGAAAGUAUCUUUAUGGCAGCACCCUUCAGUCCGGCUGCUGUUCCUAUACGACACAUAAAGUGAAUUCAUAUCUCCUUGGAGUUGCAAUUUUUUUUUCUGGACAAUCUCUCGCAAUUGACCCAAUGGAAGUUCCUGCUUCUAGUUGAACAAGGAACUUUUUCAUUUUACCUUUUUCCCAUAAGCAGUGCUUAUUGCAUUGUUUCUUAUCAGAUCAUGUUGGAUAUUAGUUGCACAUUAUCUACUAAUUGAUUUAAAUAUGAGCAUAUAUUACCCUGAUC